UACUCUUUAUAUGUCUGGAGUAAAUAGCAACCAAACCCAAAGGUCGAACUAAAAAUAUAUUAUUUGCGUGCGCUGCAUCUGACUUUGCCCGCGAGGAACACAUUUGCCAUCUAAAGGAAUUUUCGGAAAAGUUAUCGUUGGCUAUUUCACUUACAAGGCUAUUCCGGUGAACAACAAAGAUGACUACCGUAGUGGUUACAGAGCAACCAGGGGCCAGACAGAUGUUGAUCGGGUCCGUCCAAGGCCACAGGGACUGGGAUAGCGGGCUCUUUUCCUGCUUCUCCGACUGCAAAUCAUUAUUGAUGACGUAUUUCUGCCUGCCGUGCGCAAUCUGUAACAUCUCGACACGGGCGGGAGAGUGUAUGUGCAUGGCCUGGUGUGUCACCGGGGGUUUAAUUGCUCUCAGGGCCCGAAUCAGGACGCUUGGAGGAAUCCAGGGUUCCAUCUGCGGCGACUGCAUGGCAAUACGUGUUAUGCCCGUCUGUUUCAGGGUUCCAUCUGCGGCGACUGCAUGGCAAUAAGUGUUAUGCCCGUCUGUUUCAGGGUUCGAUCUGUGGUGACUGCAUGGCAAUAAACGUCUGUUACAGGUUUAUAUCACCUUUGACUGCAUGGCAUAAAAUGUUAUGCCCGUCUGUUUCGGGGUUCCAACUGCGGUGACUGCAUGGCAAUAAAUGGUAUGCCGGUCUGUUUCGGGGUUCCAUCUGUGGUGACUGCAUCGCAAUGCAUGUCAUGACCGUCUGUUUCAAGGUUCCUACUGUGGUGACUGUAUUGCAAUACAUGUUAUGCCCGUCUGUUUCGGGGUUUCAUAUGCGGUGACUGCAUAGCAAUAAAUGGUAUGCCCGUCUGUUUGAGGGUUCCAUCUGCGGCGACUGCAUGGAAAUUAAUGUAAUGC